AUGUGCAGCCUCGGAACGACUGUGACUAUCAGCGGGGGCGGCGUCGUGGGAGCCAUUGAGGGCACGACGAACUCCAAGGCAGCCCACCUGAGAUCAACGGAGCGUCGACAAGUGUCUUGUCUGUGUUCCUGCGCAUCGGAUAAGCAAGCUGUUGUCUACGGUAGUACGCUUGAACACGGUUACGGCGGGACGUUCUCCGUAACCAACACAGCAAGUCCCAGUACUACCGCUGGGUAUAUGAAGUAUAGCUGCCCUGUGAUACAAGCUUCUCCUACAUCUUUCCAUUGUCAGCGGGACGGAUUGAAUAGCCAUUCGCACAAUGUCGCAGUCAUACUUACCAAAGGACUUCCUGUGGGGCUUUGCUACAGCAAGAUUGAAGGUGCACCACAUGAGGACGGCCGUGCAGAUUCCAUCUGGGACACGUUUUGCCGUAUUCCAGGCAAGAUUGCUGGCGGAGAGUCCGGAGAUGUAGCCUGCGACUCCUACCACCGCACCGCUGAGGACAUUGCCCUGUUAAAAGAGCUUGGAGCCAAGUCAUAUCGUUUCUCUCUCUCAUGGUCUCGUAUCAUCCCGCUCGGCGGCCGCAAUGACCCCGUCAACGAAAAAGGCAUUCAGCACUACAUCAAAUUCGUCGACGACCUUCGCGCAGCAGGCAUCGAGCCGUUGAUAACGUUGUUUCACUGGGAUCUGCCCGACAACCUGCAUAAGCGAUAUGGCGGUAUGUUGAACAAGGACGAAUUCGUCAAAGACUUCGAGAACUACGCCAGGGUGUGUUUCAAGGCCUUCGGUUCCAAGGUCAAGUUUUGGAUUACCUUCAAUGAGCCCUGGUGCAGCUCCGUUCUCGGAUAUGGCACCGGGUUAUUCGCUCCCGGACGAUGCAGCGAUCGGAGUAAGAGUGCAGAGGGAGACAGUUCAAGGGAGCCGUGGAUCGUCGGACACUCGCUCCUCGUCGCCCAUGGUGCGGCGGUGAAGGCUUACCGUAACGACUUCAAGCACAAGGAUGGAGGCCAGAUUGGGAUCACACUCAAUGGUGACUGGACAGAACCUUGGGAUCCCGAGGACGCCAAAGAUCGCGAGGCAUGUGAUCGCAAGCUUGAGUUUUCAAUCUGCUGGUUCGGUGACCCAAUAUACUUUGGCAACUAUCCAGACUCGAUGCGGAAGCAACUGGGCGACAGACUGCCGCGAUUCACGCCCGAAGAGGUCGCCUUGGUCAAAGGUAGCAAUGACUUCUAUGGAAUGAAUCACUACUGUGCACAUUACAUUAGGCAUAAAGACACUGAGCCGGAGCUGGACGAUCAUGUGGGCAAUCUGGACAUUCUCCAGCAGAACAAGCAGGGCGAGUGGAUUGGUCCAGAGACGCAGUCUCUCUGGCUAAGGCCAAUGCCUUUGGGAUUCCGGAAACUGAUCAAAUGGCUAAGUGACAGAUAUGGAGGUCCGACGUUUUACGUGACCGAGAACGGAACGAGCGUAAAGGGCGAGAACGAGUUGCCUCUGGAGCAGCUCUUGGACGACGAGUUCCGAUGCGAAUAUUUCAGGGGAUAUGUUGGUGCCCUGGCUGAUGCCCACACUAUUGACGGUGUGGAUGUCAGGGGUUACUCGGCGUGGAGUCUCAUGGACAACUUCGAAUGGGCCGAGGGCUACACAACGCGCUUCGGCGUUACUUUUGUCGACUACAAGGGGGCCCAGAAGCGAUACCCAAAGAAGAGUGCCCGCGAGAUCUCACAAAUCUUCGAUAGAUAUAUCAGAAAGGAGUAA